CUUAUUUUGCAAAGAAACUCGUCUUUUUCUUUAAAUAGAAAAUAACCUAAAGAAAAGGGAUAUCGAGAUUAGAGAGACCUUGAGCAUGGAAAGGGUCAUUCUAGUAAAUCCACAGUGUACGCCAAUCAACGACAUGAAGUUUGUUGAACUCGCCAGAGCCACCGCUCGGUUAUUAACCCCGAUCCCCCAUUUCAGUGCGUUGUGCAAUUAAAAUAAGAAUUAGGGUUAGGGUUAGGGUUAGGAUCCGAAUUAGGUAUAAGUUUAAGGUAAUUAAGCUGUGAAGAAAUUCGUAGUCUUUCUUCCUCUCCACCAAUGGCUACCGAAGUCCUGCCCAUGCCCGCAACGGUCUGCAUAAACGAUGCAUUGACCGACGACGAGCUCCGUUCGGUGCUGGCGAAACUGGAGAGCGAGCAGGAUAAGGAGCUCUUCGGCUUGGUCUGCAAGAGAUGGCUCCGCUUGCAGAGCACUGAGAGGAAGAAGCUAUUCGCACGUGCUGGGCCUCACAUGCUUGAGAGAAUGGCCGCCAGGUUCUCUCGACUUCUAGAAUUGGACCUCUCCCAGUCCGUUUCUCGGUCCUUCUACCCUGGCGUCACCGAUUCCGAUCUCUCUGUUAUUGCUGAUGGGUUUGAAUGCUUGAGAGUUCUCAAUUUGCAAAAUUGUAAAGGAAUUACAGAUAAAGGAAUAGUGGCAAUUGGAAAUGGUCUUUCUUCACUACAGUCCUUGGAUUUAUCAUAUUGCAGAAAGUUGACAGAUAAAGGAUUGCUAGUUGUUGCUAGGGGUUGUCCUAAACUACUAAGCCUGCAUCUUGCUGGCUGCAGACUUGUUACUGACGAAGUUUUACGAGCCCUUUCCAAGAAUUGCCCCAAUAUAGAGGAAUUGGGCCUCCAAGGAUGUACCAAUAUAACUGAUUCAGGACUUGCAGACCUUGUGAGUGGGUGUCGUGAGAUCAUGUUUUUAGACAUCAAUAAAUGCAGUAAUAUAGGAGAUAUUGGGGUUUCCAGUGUUUCAGAGGCAUGUGCAACUUCCUUAAAGACACUCAAGUUGUUGGAUUGCUACAAAAUUGGGAAUGCAUCAAUACUAUCUCUGGCCAGAUUCUGCAAAAAUCUUGAAACUCUGAUAAUUGGUGGCUGUCGUGACAUCACUGAUGAAUCAAUACAAUCACUAGCCACCGCUUGUGAAGACAGCCUCAAGAACUUGCGGAUGGACUGGUGUUUAAACAUCUCUAAUUCUUCAUUAAGCUGUAUCCUCAUCAAGUGCAGAAACCUAGAAGCACUCGACAUUGGUUGCUGCGAGGAGGUAUCAGAUGCUGCCUUCGAGGGUUUAACCAGUAGACAAACAGAGUUGACCUUGAAGGUUUUGAAGGUUAAUAAUUGUCCUAAGAUCACAGUGGCUGGCAUAGGCUGGCUUCUAGACAAAUGCAACUCUUUGGAGUACCUGGAUGUGAGGUCAUGCCCACAUAUUACAGAGUCAGGUUUGCAAUUUCCUGAUUACUGUAAAGUAAACUUUACAGGAAAUUUAUCCAAGCCCAACGUGCUACUUUGAAGAUUUGGGAUCCUUCUAUUUACAUUAAAAAGCAAGCACUGUCCUUGCAUCUAAAUUUCUCAGAACAUGUUUGUAAAUUUAUGUUAAUUGUCUUUCUAUUGCUGUUUUUCCUUCCCUGGUUCUUUAUAUUAGAUAGUCUUGUAACUUGUUUUUUUGGUCUUGUCUUGACAUGAAUGAAAGAAUAAUUAUUCGUUCAA